AUGGCAUCAAAGAAAAGCGAAGUGAUAGAAGAGAUUGCUGUGGUGAUGGGAUUGGUUUCUGUGCAAUUCUUGUACGCGGGAAAUGCAAUUUUGCUGAGCAUUAUUCUGAAAACAGGACUCCAGCCUUCUUCUCUAAUAAUAUGUUCCACUUUUGCCACUUUUCUUGUGCUCUCACCUCUUGCAAUCCUCUUUGAAAGGAGAAAAUGGCCUUCAAAGAUCACCUACAAGCUUGUUAUACAGUUGCUUUUACUUUCGUUCGGAGGGGUGACAGUGUUUCAGUCGUUGUUUAUCAAAGGAGUCCACCUGACCUCACCAGCAGUAGCAACAGCAAUGCCAAAUCUAGCACCGGGGCUCAUCUUUUUCAUCGCCUGUGCCUUUGGGUUAGAGAGAAUGGACAUAGGGUGCAAGUACAGCAGAGCAAAGAUAGCCGGGACGAUGCUGUGCGUGUUGGGAGCCGUAGUGAUGAGCCUCAUGCAGAGCGCACCCAACGACCACACCAAAACUCCCACUGACUUCAACUCCCAAACAAUCCUGGGUUGCACCUAUCUCAUUGCUGCUGUUUUUGUUCUGUCCAGCCAAGUUGUGCUGCAGGCUAUCACAUUGAGGGAUUUUUCAGCACCCAUAUCAAUGUGUUCCAUAACCUCGUUGCUAGGUUCGAUGUUAACAGCAGUAGUGGAGGCUGUCCUAGAUGAGAAUUACUGGGAUUGGGACUACCUGCAUCUUCAAGAUUUGCUUGGCUACUCCAUUGUGGCAGGUGGGAUCAGCGGAAUGUGCGUCAGCGUGAAUGCAUGGGCGAUGAAGAAAAGAGGUCCGGUUGUGGUCUCCAUUUUCAACCCUCUGGGAACUGUUAUUUCUGCUGCCAUCUCUAUCUCAUUAGGCGACUCCAUUUCUGCCGGAAGCUUGGCAGGAAUGUUGGUGAUGUUCAGCGGUCUGUAUUUGGUGCUUUGGGCUAAACGAAAUGAAAGCAAUGCGAAGACUCCCAAUGCCGCCGAUGAAACUAUUGUCUUUGAUAUUGAGAAGCCUCUUUUAACUUGA